UUCUUCGCUCGCGAAAAGCUUUGGAGCUAACGUUAACCCAGUUAGAAUCAAGAAACCAGAAGCAUCACAAACUCACCACCAAUCUGUAGCUUCAAUUCCUUCCUUAUCUUGUUUUCGAAGCAGAAUGGCGACGUUUGAACUGUACCGCAGAUCGACGAUCGGAAUGUGUUUGACUGAAACUUUGGACGAAAUGGUUCAGAAUGGUACUCUUAGUCCUGAGCUUGCUAUUCAGGUUCUUGUCCAGUUCGAUAAGUCCAUGACUGAGGCUCUGGAAUCACAGGUGAAAAGCAAGGUGUCUAUCAAGGGACAUUUGCACACCUAUCGAUUCUGCGACAACGUUUGGACCUUCAUUUUGCAGGAUGCAACAUUUAAGAACGAGGAUUCCCAAGAGAAUGUUGGGAGAAUUAAAAUAGUAGCAUGUGACUCGAAGUUACUCUCACAAUGAUGAGCUUUCAGACAAAAUUUGCAUAAUUAUUUGCUGAUGGACAAGGGGAAUUGUUGCGAGGAAGAAAUAGCAAUCCAUGUCAUUGUUUGAAAGUCGCAAAGAUUCAAACGUGAUUCUGUAAAGUCAUCGAUCUGAACAGCAGAAAGUUAGUUUCUCGCACAUUGACGUUACAUUUGACUGUAAAUUGGCUUCUGAGGCUGAUUCCAUGACAAUUAUACGAACCUUUUAGUUUAAUGAUAAUAAAACAUGAUGUAUCUGUUCUAAUAUUAUCACUUUCUAGUCUUAAUUUGUACUACUAUCUCUA